GGAUGCUGACAGCUGGAGACGGGUUAGCUAAGGAGCUACACUUCCAUGCAGGAUUUUAAUAUUUAGGGCAGCAGCUGGAAAUAGCAUCGGCCCUUUUAGUUUCAGGCUUUGCUAGAAAAAAAGAAAAAAAAACAUUAAUGUGACGGUGAGCGCUGCAGUCGAGGCUCAGCUCUGCUGCUGGACGGCUGUCGCUGGUACUUUGUGGUUUUCUUAAUUAGCUGCUUCAGACGGGAGGGAUCAGUCAUUCCCGCAGAGCCUUCAGAGCGGCGAGAUGGAGGAUGGGAAGCCGGUGUGGGCACCACACCCAACGGACGGGUUCCAGCUGGGAACCAUAGUAGACAUCGGAGCUGACAGCCUCACCAUCGAACCCCUCAAACAGAAGGGAAAGACGUUUUUGGCUCCGGUGAACCAAGUCUUCCCUGCAGAGGAUGACGUCAACAAACAUGUGGAGGAUAAUUGCUCUUUGAUGUACCUGAAUGAAGCCACGCUGCUCAACAACAUCCGAGUGAGAUACAGCAAAGACAAAAUUUAUACAUUUGUAGCCAACAUCCUGAUUGCCGUCAACCCGUACUAUGACAUCCCGAAGCUUUACUCGCAGGAGACCAUCAAGAAGUACCGGGGCCGGUCGCUGGGCACUCUGCCGCCGCACGUUUACGCCAUUGCUGAUAAGGCGUACAGGGACAUGAAGGUCCUGAAGAUGAGCCAGUCCAUCAUCGUCUCCGGGGAGUCUGGAGCCGGCAAGACUGAAAACACCAAGUUUGUUCUCAGAUACCUGACGACCUCGUACGGAACGGGUCAGGACAUCGACGAGAGAAUAGUCGAAGCGAACCCUCUGCUCGAGGCCUUCGGGAAUGCCAAAACUGUCCGGAACAACAACAGCAGUCGCUUCGGGAAGUUCGUGGAGAUCCACUUCAACGAGAAGAACGCCGUCGUGGGUGGCUUCGUGUCACACUACCUGCUGGAGAAGUCGAGGAUCUGUCGGCAGAGCCCAGAGGAGAGGAACUACCACAUCUUCUACCGGCUGUGUGCCGGAGCGCCCGAAGACAUCCGGCAGAAGUUUCACCUCAGCUCUCCGGACACGUUCCGGUACCUGAACAGAGGAUGCACACGGUUCUUCGCUACCAAAGACACAGACAAGCACAUCAUGCAGAAUCGCAAGAGCCCAGAGCACACAAAGUCGGGCCCGUUGAAGGACCCGCUGCUGGACGACCACGGCGACUUCGCCAGGAUGUGCGUAGCCAUGAAGAAGAUCGGCCUGGACGACACAGAGAAGCUGGAUCUGUUCAGGGUUGUGGCCGGCGUGCUGCACCUCGGAAACAUCGACUUCGAGGAGGCUGGAAGCACAUCAGGCGGCUGUGCCAUCAAGAACCAGUCGAGUCAGACGCUGGAGCACUGCGCUGAGCUGCUGGGCCUGGAGGAGGAGGACCUGCGGGUCAGUCUCACCAGCAGAGUCAUGCUUACAACAGCAGGGGGCGCCAAAGGAACAGUGAUCAAAGUGCCGCUCAAAGUCGAGCAGGCCAACAAUGCCCGGGACGCCUUGGCAAAGGCCGUGUACAGCCGUCUGUUUGACCACGUGGUGACCAGAGUCAACCAGUGCUUCCCCUUCGACUCCUCCGCCAACUUCAUCGGCGUCCUGGACAUCGCUGGCUUUGAGUACUUUGAGCACAACAGCUUUGAGCAAUUCUGCAUCAACUACUGUAACGAGAAGCUGCAGCAGUUCUUCAACGAGCGCAUCCUGAAAGAGGAGCAAGAGCUGUACCAGCGGGAGGGGCUGGGAGUCAACGAGGUUCACUACGUCGACAAUCAGGACUGCAUAGACCUGGUGGAGGCGAAGGUGGUCGGCAUCCUGGACAUCCUGGACGAAGAGAACCGUCUACCUCAACCCAGCGACCAGCACUUUACCGACACCGUUCACAACAAACACAAGAACCACUUCCGCCUGACUGUACCCAGGAAGUCUAAGCUGACCGUCCACAGGAACGUGAGGGACGAUGAAGGAUUUAUCAUCAGGCACUUUGCAGGAGCCGUGUGCUACGAGACGACCAAGUUUGUGGAGAAGAACAACGACGCCCUGCACAUGUCUCUGGAGUGUCUCAUCAGUGAGUCCAAGGAUCGCUUCGUCCGCGAGCUGUUCGAGAACUCCAACAACAGCAAAGACGUGAAGCAGAAGGCCGGAAAACUCAGCUUCAUCAGCGUCGGCAACAAGUUUAAGACCCAGCUGAAUAUUCUCCUGGACAAGCUCCGCAGCACGGGCUCCAGUUUUAUUCGCUGCAUUAAGCCGAACCUGAAGAUGGUCAGUCACCAGUUUGAAGGAGCUCAGAUCCUCUCCCAGCUGCAGUGCUCUGGUAUGGUCUCGGUGCUGGACCUGAUGCAGGGCGGUUUCCCCUCCCGAGCUCCGUUCCACGAGCUCUACAAGAUGUACCAGAAGUACAUGCCUCCCAAGCUCACCCGCCUCGACCCGCGGCUCUUCUGCAAGGCUUUGUUCAAAGCUCUGGGGUUGAAUGAGAAUGACUACAAGUUCGGCCUGACCAGAGUGUUCUUCCGGCCUGGGAAGUUUGCAGAGUUUGACCAGAUCAUGAAGUCGGACCCAGACCAUCUGGCCGAGCUGGUGAAGAAGGUCAACAAGUGGCUCAUCCACAGCCGCUGGAAGAAGGUCCAGUGGUGCGCUCUGUCCGUUAUCAAACUGAAGAACAAGAUCCUGUAUCGAACCAGCGCCUGCGUCCAGAUGCAGAAGACGGUCCGGAUGUGGCUCUGCAGGAAGAAACACAAACCACGGAUCGACGGGUUAGUCAAAGUGCGUAACCUGAAGAAGAGGAUGGACCGCUUCAACGAGGUGGUGGGCGGGCUCAAAGAGGGCAAGCAGGAGAUGAGCAAACAGGUCCGGGAGCUGGACGCCGCCAUCGACACCCUGAUAGUCAAAAUCAAGACCACCAUGAUGGGCCGCAUCGACAUCGACCAUGAGUACAGGGGCCUAGUGACCCGGUCGGAGAAGCUGCUGACCGAGAUGCAGAAGAAGAAGAAGGAGGAGGAGGAGCGCGAACGGCUGCGACGCAUCCAGGAGGAGAUGGAGAGAGAGCGGAAGCGAAGGGAGGAGGAGGAGCAGCGCCGCAAGCAGGAGGAGGAGGAUAGGCGGCUGAAAGCAGAGAUGGAGCUGAAGAGGAAGCAGGAAGAGGAGGAAAGGAAGAAGAGGGAGGAGGAGGAGAGGCGGAUUCAGAUGGAGAUGGAGCUGCAGCUGCAGGCGGAGCGUGAGGAGGAGGCCGCUCGGCAGGCUGUUCUGGAACAGGAGAGGAGGGACAGGGAGCUGGCGCUGAGGAUUGCCCAGAGCGAGGCUGAGCUCAUCCCCGAGGAGGUGGCCUACGACUCGGGCCUGCGCAGUAACGGCUCCUCAGUUCCAUCGUCCCCAGAGCGAUCAGCUGCUGCCGCUACUGCUGCUGCCACCCCAAAGCUCAAGAGCUUGACCAUGGAGGAAAUGGCGAGGGAAAUGUCCGAACUUCUGGCUCGAGGUCCACAGGUCCAGGCCUCCAAGGCGGCUGCCGGCACCAAGAAGUACGAGCUGAGCAAGUGGAAGUAUGCUGAGCUGCGUGACGCCAUCAAUACCUCAUGUGACAUCGAGCUGCUGGCCGCCUGCAGAGAGGAGUUCCACCGCCGGCUUAAAGUUUACCACGCCUGGAAGUCAAAGAACAAGAAGAGGAACACCGAGACACAGCAGCGAGCACCGAAAUCUGUCACCGACUACGCCCAGCAGAACCCAGCCCCACCUAUACCGGCCCGGCAGUACGAGGUGGCGAUGAACCGGCAGCAGCGCUACUUCCGCAUCCCGUUCAUCCGGCCGAGCGACCAGUACAAGGACCCCCAGAACAAGAAGAAGGGCUGGUGGUAUGCGCACUUCGACGGACCCUGGAUCGCCAGGCAGAUGGAGCUACAUCCCGAUAAACACCCGAUCCUGCUGGUGGCAGGAAAGGACGACAUGGAGAUGUGUGAGCUGAGCCUGGAGGAGACGGGCCUCUCGAGGAAGCGGGGCGCCGAGAUCCUCCCCCGGCAGUUCGAGGAGAUCUGGGAACGCUGCGGCGGGAUCCAGUACCUCCGCAGUGCCAUCGAGAGCCGGCAGGCGCGGCCCACCUACGCCACAGCCAUGCUGCAGAGCAUGUUCAAGUGACGGGGCCCGGAGGCGGGGCUUCGCGCUGCAAACAAAGGGACGAAUGCACCAGCUACCUGACACAGAUGGAGUGUGGGCGCGCUGCACAGGUUCUGACUGCAGGGCGUUCGACGUGAACGGCGUUUUGUUUUUCUCCUCAACUGUCCUUUUGUUUUUCCUCCAUUUGAUGAGUUUUCGUUCUCGCUGGCUUUUGGUUCCUCAGUGGGGGCGGGGCGGGGAAGUUUUGCAUUGAACCCUAUGCAGAAACGAAAAAUCAUGCUAAAUGAUCACAUCCGGUUCUUUUCCAACAUUUCUGUAACAUGUGUGCAAGUCUAACUAUGAGGCCUUAAUACUACUUUAACAGGGUUUAAAUGCCGAAAGGUAGGACUUUGUUUGUUCGUUCAAAGCUGCCUCCCCAGAACAAGUUUAAUUCCUCUGUAAUUAUGCAUUCCUGAUGAUCCUGAUGAUUACACUGAAAUCUCACAGGUGUGUCGCUUCCGUCUUAACAGCUAGCUGGUGAUCCUGCUCCGACUUAAAAGCUGCUGUUUACGUCGUCUUCAUGCCAUUAUUGCAGGGCGAAAAAGAAAAACUCGCACAAGGAGCUGCAAGCUCUCACCACGAGGCUGCAUGCAUGGGUGUCCGAUUAUUCCACUGAAUUAAAUCCAAUAUUUACAGAUACUUUUUUUUUUCCAAUUACCUCUUGUUUUUCCAGCUGAAUGUAACUUGAGACCUUGUUGAUUUUUUCAUGUCGUGAUUCUUUUGUUUCUUCUCAUCGUGUGUGAUUUAAAUUAGUAAAGGGUCCAAAAACCUUUGGAGACCAAACGUGUCUCCGGACGUGAAACCUUGUUUGUUUUUUUUUCCCUCAUUAAUGGAGCCCCAUCCAUGAUUAAUUUCUGUUUUAAGGAGCUGAGCAGAAAAUGUGAAUUAAUUAUGCAACUGCUGAGACACGACUCCACGUGUUCGUGGUGUUUUUCAGAGCAGAUCAGCGCCGCAAAAAAAAAAAGAGACCCCGAACAACCCAGCCACGCUUUAACACUUUGAAUUUGAUUUGUUUAGUAAUUUGCCAGUGUGGCGAAUCCCAAGGUAGCACAAAACGAUAUGGUUUGGAAUCAGUUGUUAAGAUGUUCUGUCAGACUGGACAUUUCCCUGCUCUGUGAGAAGCUUUCGAGCACGAACUCUGUACGAUGCACUGGUACUUGGCCUCGAACUGGAACAUUCAUAUAACACUGAAUAUUUUCUAUAGGGCGGUAUGUGCAGACAGCAGUGUUAUUCCUACUGGAAUGUAAAAGUUUAUUUUUCAAAGAACAGUUUCUACUUCAUCGGCUUGGGCACAUGAGAUCGUCAAGCAAUAAAUCACACAAACUCAGCUAAGAAGGAAAAAACAGGCCUCUUUUGUCAUUACUUAGAUGAAAAAAAAACAAAACAAUGACGGACAAUCUGUGGUGACGUCGCACUGCGUUAUUCCCCUGAGCCUGUUUGUUCCCGAGCUUUCUGUUCCCCCUUUGAUGCUCUGCACAAGAAAAAUGUGGCUGAGAUUGUCUGAAAGCAUGAACAUCUGUCUUGUUGCAAAGUAGCCGAACCCCUUUACAGACAGCGAUAACAGCACAGCCGGGAUGGAUCUGAUAGUUGAUGAAGACGGCUCACUUACCACCAGCUAAAUUUGUUUAAAAAGAACCCAAAUCUUGAUUUAAACAUGACUUUAUUAAUCUCAGAGAAACAACUGCAUGUUGCAGAGAGGUUUAAUAUAAAGCACGCUCGGCAUAGCCAGGCUUUUGUUUUAGCUGCUUUAGCUGGCUAUACAAAACCUGAAUUAUCACGAUAGAGGCUGACUCAGGUUUUUGGCUUUGGGCUCUGAGCACGCUCACAGAAAAGGGGAAUUUAAUUCCCACAUCGUAAACAAACGAGGCUCAAUUUGUAUCUGAGACAUGCAACAAUAUAAGGUCAUGACAUCAAAAACCAUAUAUCACACGUCAACAUCAACAACUGAUGAAAUUAUACCAUUUGGGUACUAAUUAGGUUAGAACUACUGCUAUCAAUAGUCAAGUGAGUCCUUUUGGGACAUUUCCAGUUAAAAGCUGCAUACAGUCCUGCCUACUGGAGCCACAGAAAGACUAGAAAUGUCAACAAAACUCCAGAGGGUCAGAUUACAAUUUUGGACCCACUGGGCUUCGAGCUUGGUGUGUGGGCCUCUUCCACAGCAGACAUGUUGACCUGGCUCGGUUCCAUUUAGUAAGCCAUUGCACUGAACCAGGAGCCGAGUGGACUGCGGCCAUUGUUGAUAGACACAAAAUGUCUACUGGGGAAAAGGCCCAUCAGUUUGGGGGGCUGCAGCAGGUCUAUCUUGGAGACCUUAAAAUCUUCAUGAUUCAUUUUGCCAAAUAAUAGCUUUAAAAAACAUCAACAUGGAAAAUCAGACUGGUCCAGGCAUUUUCAUUUGUAAGGAUUCCAGCCGUGUUUGAAGCAGGUCAGAAAACAUUAAAUUCCUUCAGUAAAAUCCGUACCAAACACAAAGAUCAACUUCACCAAGCUUGGCAUGUGUAUAACGUGCCAGUACACGGGUUAAUGCUGAGUGUAAAGGGGACGCGCUCUGAGCUUUGCCGUCAUUAAGACCUCAGUGUUUGUUUUAACCGCCAGAGUGAUGACCUCGAGAUAUUUCCCUCCAAAACGUGCAAAGAAAGUGUUGUGGAUUUGCUGCGAUCUGUUUCUCGCCACACAUUGCAAUCAUUCCUGGGGAAGCACUGCCUUUGUCCACUGUCAUUUUUCUAACGCUGAUCUCUAACGGACGAAUAAAAGCAUUCCCUGUUUCACUCA